AUGCCUGGCACAGAUGUGCCCCCAGAGCCCGUGUGCACCUACGACGAGCUUCCAGAGCCAAAGGAUCAUGUCGAGAGAAUGCCAGGAGAUGGAGGCACCCGCGGCAGAUACGAGCGGCUCGAGUCCCGCAUUGCUGAACUCGAAGCUCAACUCCGUGAACGAGAACAGCUGGACGCGUACACCUCACUCCGGGCACAGCUCAGUCCCCUUGGCCGGCUCUCCAUCUCGGAUCCGUUUGACCAGCUGUACCAACAACAACAGCUACCCAAUCUCCCCUUUGAUUCCAAUAAUGUUCUUUGGCCCAAUUGGCCCGAAAGACUACCAGCGCCUCCGCUCCUGCACAACCUCGCAGAAACGUUCUUCUCGUGUCAUCCGCACGCCACGAGGUUAUUGCAUCGACCGACGUUCAUGGCGUCCCUUGCACUCCCGCCCAAUCACGCAGAUUUCCCGGCGCUCAGUCUCCUUCAUGCCAUCUGCGCGCUCGCAAGUCUCUGGAGCCCGCUCGUUGAGCGCAGAGAUGUCCAAAAAAGUCCACAAGAGGGCGAUAGCCCGGUCGGGCGUGGCGAUUGGUUCGGCGAAUUACAUGCACGAUGGAGUCGAGAAGAAGAGGAAAAGAAUGCGACUGAGGGCACCAGUGUCUUUCAGGGUUUGCAAUCCAUCGUCGUCCUGACCUGGUACUAUUACGCUCACGCACGUUGGGUCGAGGUCUGGUUGUAUACCUCCAAGGCACUCCGUUAUGCCGUCCCAAUGGGCCUUAACACGACACCCACGCACGGUCCCCUUUUGCGUUCGUGGACGAUGCCUUCCAUUCUGGGCCCGCCCAAGAAUGCAAUCGAGUCGGAGAUGCGACGGACGACGUUUUGGCUCGCAUACUGCUACGAACGAUGGCAGGCGGCAUCCACAGGAUGGGCAAUGGGUCUUGACGACGAGGAUAUUUCCCAAGUCUUGCCACUCCCCCUUGUUGACUUUGAACAGGGUCUCUCUAUCCUGCCAGAACUGAGGCAGAGGAUCUCGACGCCGCGCAUGCUGACGCUGCACAUCCCAGAGCAGACAGACGCGUUUACUCUCUAUGUCAAGGGCACAAUCUUGUUCAGUAAGGUCAAAAACUUUAACAUUCGUUUCAAGAGCAAGUACUAUUACGCCGUUGCAUCCAACUCGGCCCACGGGGAACGAUUUGCACCUUUUGGAGGAAUGACCCAUCCACCACCACAACCGCAACAACAGGUAGCGCUUGCACAACAUCAGCAACAACAGCAGAUGGAACAGGCUCAGGAUGAUGUCAAGGGUGAAGGCACAGCAUCACCCGAUGGAUCCUCGAACAAGGACUUGCCAUAUCUUAACACAUCUUACCAAUCUAAUUCGACCUCUACUCCCUCUGGUGGAUACGGAUUUGGCAUGGCGAUGGGUAUGGGAUCCAGCUUCAGCCCAAUCGGCAUGGGACCUGGUCCUGAGAGGAUUGAUCCCGAGAUACGCCUAGUUUCCGUGCCGACCAGUUUCCCAAAGAACCUGAGGGAUCCAGUUGCUGGAGGACGCGUCAAUUCAGAGCUUUACGUGGCCUGCUUGGUGCCGCAUGUUGCGACCAUUCUCCUCCACGACCCUCACGCCGACCCUGCUGCUCCAACGUGUCGGUCAGCGGAAAAGCUGCUCAUUGCAGCACGUGCAAUCCUGGACCUCGUCUCCAUUCUUUGCGCCACGUCCUUUGACAUUACGUUGCUCGACCCCGUCGCUUCGUUUGCGUGGUUCCUCGCCGCACGUGUCUUUGUUCGUUUCCUUCGUGCACGGCUCGAUGGACGAAGACAUGCUGAAGCGGUUGUGCUGAGAAAGGAACUCGAGGUGAUUCGGAUCGCGCUCAAGAGGAUGGGAGAGCGCGUUCCCUUGGGAUAUCGACAGAGUAAAAUGCUUGAUGAUCUCUUGGCGAGUGAAGUCGGCAAUGCCCUCGACACGCCGGCUGCGCAUGCAUUUGCCUUUGCCAAUACGUCGCCUGAUGGACAAACGACCACUCUUCCUCUUUCAAAUAAUGUCAACGCAUCGCCUUCAGGUGGAUUCAGCGCGGACACUGCAUCGCUGUAUGUCGCUGCAACGGCAGGCCAUCGUGGAUCGUUUUCCGCGCCAAACGGACAUGUGGAUUUAUCCAUCGAGCAUCUUGCUCCACAGAACCCAUCUGGACUCGCAAGUCACCGCAACUCGUUUUCCGCCCAAGGCGGUUCGUCUGAUCCCACCCGCGGAGAAGGGAGUGGAACCGCAAAUGGUGGACUACCACUACCAGAUGCCGCGAACACGAAGAACAUGAUGUUACAUGAUCUGCCACCCAUGCUUCUUCCCGAAUUGCAUGGUUACGACCCGCUCCUCCCUCCAUCCGCACCAGAAUCCGCCACGGCGCUGCAUACCCCAUCAUAUACCUUUGGCGUCGCGGAGAUUCACCAGAAGUUCCUCGAGAGCAUGAAGUCGCAAGACGAGAUCCUCGCCGCUGCCAACAGUGGUCCUAACGGGCUUAAUGUAGGCGGUGGCGGCAGAUUGGAAAUGCUUCUCGGCGAGAUGGUGGAUGAUGGCGACGAGGGUGUGUUUGGUGGUGUCGCUGGGAUGGGUGUCCUCGGUGCUAUGGGCGACUCGGGGAUUGGAAUCGGUGCCGGCGUCGGAGUGGCGGGAGCGGGGAUUGGCUAUGUGAAUGACUAUACGCUCGUUAAUGGUGGCGCAUGGUGA